GGAGCGCGCGCGCCUGGGAGUGCUCGGGGUUCGGCGCUCGCGGCGGGAGCCACGAGCCGGAGAGAGGGGUCCCGGGCUGCUUCGACCGCCACCGCCGCCGCCGCCACCGCCGCCGCCGCCGCCGCCGCCGCCGCCGCCGCCUCUCCGGUCGGGGCUGCAGCUCCCCGCGCGCGGGCGGCCGUCGCCGCCGAAGCCGCCGUAGCCGCUGUGUGCAGCCUGGAAGGGGGGGCGGGGGGGAGGGGGGGAGCCGCAGACGCGGGGUGCCGAGGACUUUGCAACUUGCCCGGGAAGGUGGAGGGGCGAGAGGGGGAGGGGGAGUUCCGCACGAGACCGAGCGGCCCGGGUUGGAGCGCCCAGCCCCAAAGCGGAUCAUGGUGCAGCAGGCCGAGAGCUUGGAAGCGGAGAGCAACCUGCCCCGGGAGGCGCUGGACACGGAGGAGGGUGAAUUCAUGGCUUGCAGCCCGGUGGCCCUGGACGAGAGCGACCCGGACUGGUGCAAGACGGCGUCGGGCCAUAUCAAGAGGCCGAUGAACGCGUUCAUGGUGUGGUCCAAGAUCGAGCGCAGGAAGAUCAUGGAACAGUCUCCGGACAUGCAUAACGCUGAGAUCUCCAAGAGGCUGGGCAAGCGGUGGAAAAUGCUGAAGGACAGCGAGAAGAUCCCGUUCAUCCGGGAGGCGGAGCGGCUGCGGCUCAAGCACAUGGCCGACUACCCCGACUACAAGUACCGGCCCCGGAAAAAGCCCAAAAUGGACCCCUCGGCCAAGCCCAGCGCCAGCCAGAGCCCCGAGAAGAACGCGGCGGGCGGCGGCAGCGGGGGCGCGGGCGGCGGCGCGGGCGGCGCCAAGACCUCCAAGGGCUCGAGCAAGAAAUGCGGCAAGCUCAAGGCCCCCGCGGCCCCCGCGGCCGGCGGCGCCAAGGCGGGCGCGGGCAAGGCGGCCCAGCCGGGGGACUACGGCGGCGCGGGCGACGACUACGUGCUCGGCAGCUUGCGCGUGAGCGGGGCGGGCGGCGGCGGCGCGGGCAAGACGGUCAAGUGCGUGUUCCUGGAUGAGGACGACGAGGACGACGAGGACGAGGACGAGCUGCAGCUGCGGAUCAAGCAGGAGGCGGACGAGGAGGACGAGGAGCCGCCGCACCCGCAGCUCCUGCAGCCUCCCGGGCAGCAGCCGCCGCAGCUGCUGAGACGCUACAACGUCGCCAAAGUGCCCGCCAGCCCCACGCUGAGCAGCUCGGCCGAGUCCCCCGAGGGCGCGAGCCUCUACGACGAGGUGCGGGCCGGCGCGACCUCAGGCGCCGGGGGCGGCAGCCGCCUCUACUACAGCUUCAAGAACAUCACCAAGCAGCACCCGCCGCCGCUGGCGCAGCCCGCGCUCUCGCCCGCGUCCUCGCGCUCUGUCUCCACCUCCUCGUCCUCCUCGUCCAGCGGCAGCAGCAGCAGCAGCAGCAGCGGCGGUGAGGACGCCGACGACCUGAUGUUCGACCUGAGCUUGAAUUUCUCCCAAAGCGCGCACAGCGCCAGCGAGCAGCAGCUGGGGGGCGGCGCGGCGGCGGGGAACCUGUCCUUGUCUCUGGUGGAUAAGGAUUUGGAUUCGUUCAGCGAGGGCAGCCUGGGCUCCCACUUCGAAUUCCCCGACUACUGCACGCCGGAGCUGAGCGAGAUGAUCGCGGGGGACUGGCUGGAGGCGAACUUCUCCGACUUGGUGUUCACGUAUUGAGAGAGGCGCCCCGCUUCUCGCUCUUUCUCUCGGCGGGUGCAGAGCAGGGUUCCUUGGGAGGAAGGUGGUCGUGAUGAUGCUGAUGAUAGCGAUGGUGGUGGUGGUGUCGAUGGUGGUGGUGGUAGGGUGGAGGGGGAGAGAAGAUGCUGAUAUUGAUAUGAUGUCGUGACACAAAGAAAUUGAAAAAGAUGAAAAUUUUGGUGGAGUUAAAGUGAAAUGAGUAGUUUUAAAACAUUUUUUCCUGUCCUUUUUUUGUCCCCCCCCUCCUUUAUCGUGUCUCAAGGUAGUUGCAUACCUAGUCUGGAGUUGUGAUUUUUUUUUUUUCCCCCUCAAAUGUGUUUUUGUAAUUACGAUUUCUUUUUCCUGAAAUUCGCGAUGGCAACAAAGGCGGAGGGGACAGGGCGGGGGAGGGGAGGGAGGACCCGCUCCGGAAGGCGCUGUUGGAAGCUUGUUGGUCUUUGAAGUCUGGAAGACGUCUGCAGAGGAUCGACCCUUUGGCAGCACAACUGUUAACGCUAGGGAGUUGGUUGGAGAUUUUUGGGGUUUUUUUCUUAAGCGAUCUUAAAGAACUGGUGAUUUUUAAAAAAACAGACAAAAAAAAAACAACAAACAAACAGAAACAAAAAAAGGGACCAUGGCAAAUUUUUUAUUUUAUUUUAUUUUUUGGAGGGAGAAAACUGAUGUCUUCUAUGCAUCCGAUUCUUAACAAAACUGCAGGGAGCUUGAAAAAAUGCAGACUGUACAAACGCUUACAAAAAAAAAAAAAAAACUGUGAACUGACUUAAGAUCAGAGUUUACUUUUCAGAUCAAAUUGUUUAUGGUUUUACAAAUGUGAUUUCUACUUGCCAACUUUUUUUUUGUAACUCGUUCCCUUAUACCUCCUUGAUUGAAUACCAGACAGCCUAGACCUCAGUACAAAAGGUAUUGAAACAUUUUUGAUACAUAACAGACCUCAGUCUUUUUUAAAAAUUAAUAUAUUUUCAGGCGUAUUUUUGUACAGUGAAAAGGGAACAUUCUUGCUGUGUUUUUUCAGUAAGACUUUCAGGCACUUCUUCCCUUUUGAUUUCUUUUUUUCCUCUGUUUUUUAGCAUGCAAGUAUGUUGGUACGUUAUGUCCUGGUUUUAAAAAGGAUUAAAAUUUUAAAAUAAUCCUUGCAUCUAAAGGCCUUGUGGUUUAAAAAAAAAAAAAAGCAAACUUUUUUUUGUACAGCUAUAGUAGAGAUUUGUUCAAUAUUUGUAGGUAAAGAUUUAUUGAAAAUGGUGAUAUAGACCUCAGAGCUGUUAUCUUAGUUUAAAGAUUGUAUAUGUACUGUACUAUAGUAGGACUAUGUAUCUCAUACGCUGUGAUAUGUGGAUGGGGCCCCAGAUGGAAGGUUUGAAACUGGAUUCUCGAUUUUUAGCAAAAAGGAAAAAAAAA